GUUAUUUAAAUAAAUAAAAUUGUAUUAUUUUACUAAUCUAUAAUAUAUUUUAUAUAUAAAUUAUAAUAGUAAUAAUGUAUAGAAAAAAUACAUUACUUAUAUUUACUAUUCUUUUACUCACAUGUGUUUUUUCAACAACAUAUGCAGAAAAUGUUUAUAAUAGUGAAAAAAUAAAUGAAAGAAUUAACAAUAAAUUAGGCGAAAAUAUUCAAAAAAUUGAAAAUGCAGCUGGAGAGUUUCAAAAUGCAGCAUUAGAAGCAGUAAAGGCAAUUGAAAAAGUUCAUGAACAACAACAACAACAAGAGCAAAAUAAGAAUCCAGAUUCAAUUCAAAACUAUGCACAAAAUUAUCUUUGGGGCAUGGUUGAAAAGAUUCAAAAAUAUUUAGAAAACAAUAACGCAGAAGGCGGUUUUUCAGGUGCUGGUCAAAGUGGCGUUCUCGGUAAUAAUAUUGGUGACUCCACAGGUGCACAAAGUACUCAAAUUCAAACCAUUCAAGGUGUAAAUACCAACGGACAAAAUUCUGGCGGUGGUGGCGGUAUUGCCCCAGCUACAUCUGAUGGUAUUGCUCCAACUAAUGAUCCAUCUUACACUAUUUUCGCAACAAAAACUGGUGGUGAUCAACAAGGUGGAUAUGUUGGUAAUACAAUUGUAACAGCAGAAAAUACCUAUGUUCAAAGUAUUGGUGAUUUUGGUGGUGCUAGAAGUGGAGCUAGCUCAAUUGCUAAAUCUGUCGGUCAAUCUAUUGGUUUAACUAUUGGUCAAGGUAUUACUGGUGGCGACAAUACUGGUACAAUCGCUGGUACUGGUGUUUCAACUGAUGGCACUUUAGCUAAAACUAUUGGUGCUUUCCUUGGUGGUGCUCAUGGUGGUUCAUCUUCAUCAGCCAACUCAAUUGGUCAAGUUAUUGCAACCGGUGCUCAAUCAGUUGGUCAAGUUAUUACUGGUAAUGGUAAUUCAAUCGCUAAAACCAUUGCUGGUUCAUCAGGCCAAACAUUUGCUCAAUCUGUCGCUGCAACCGAUUCUAUCAGCCAUUCAAUUGCCCAAUUUAUCGCCACUGGUUUCAGAGUCAUUGCUGGUAAUAAUGACCUCAAGGAUGAACAAUACGUUGAUAGAUCAUAUGGUUUUGUUCCAAAUGGUGCUGUUCAUAAAGAAAUUCAACAAAGACAAAAACAAGUUCAAAAAGAAUUGAAAGACCAAUCACCAGCCACCUAUGAAAAAUUAUCAAAGGAUGAUAUUGAAUUAAUUAAUGAAGAUGUCGCAAUUGAUGCACUCAGAGAAAUGCAACAACAACGUGAAUCUGAUUACAAUGAUCAAUUAAUUGAACUUCAAAAGAAAGAACCAAAUGCUUAUAAACAAAAUAAGAGAGAAGCUGAAAUUCAAGAUGCUUAUGCCGCUUUUGAACAAGUUUAUGCUGAAUUACACCCAAAUAAAAUGGUUGAACAACAAAUGGAACCAGAUGCUGAACAAGAAGUUAUGGAACAACUCGAGCAAUUAAGAGAAGAAGAACAACUUCAACAAGAAGCAGAAGAUGAAAUUGAAACUCUCCCAGAAAAUAUCUACAUGCAACAAAGCCCAGCAAGAGCCCAAAAACAAAUUACCCAAGAAGACCAAGAACAAGAAGCUAUGGAACAAAUGGAUAUGUUAAAUAGAUAUAACAAUGGUGAAAAUAUUGAACAAUAUUCAAACAAUAACAACAACCUUAACAAAUUUGUUCAAACUGAAGAUGGUAAAGAAGUUGAAGAGGUCGAACAACAAAUUCAAAGUCAAUAUGACCUAUUACAAAAAUUAAUCUCAAACAAUGAAGAGCAACAAUUAAACGAAUUAAAUGAAAAUCAAAACAAUGAAAAUAAUGAAAAAUUAGAUAAACAAAUUCGUGAUCAACUUGAUAUCAUCCAAAAUUUCCACAAACAACAACAAGAAAAAAAAGAACAAACCCAAAAUAAAUAAAUAAAUAAUUUGAUUAUAUUAAUUUAUUUAAUAUUAUAAAAAAAAAAAAAAAAAAAAAAAAAGCUUAAACAUAAAUAAAUAAUAAAAAACUAUCUAUAUGAUAAAAUUUUUUAUUUUUCAAAUU